UCUCCCUUGUUUCUACAGCUUAUUAUAAUACUUAAACUUUAAAUAUUCAGACAAUGGAGAUUUACUUACCAAAAAUUGACAUUUUACGACGACGAACUCAAAAUGAUGGGAAUAAUUCAUCAAUUUCUUCUCUCUUUAAUAAUUCCUUGGUUUUACGUAAAAUUUUUAGCUUCCUGGACUUCAUUACAAGGAAAAAUAUUCGUCUUGUUUGUAAACAUUGGGCGUUUGAAGUUGCAAAACAGUUUUCCGGCAAAAUUUCCUUGUCCAUUGAAGCAAAUAAAAUAAAAAAUGAUCCGACACUGGAAAAAUUGGCGUCAUUUCUGUCCCAUCACAACAUCCGCCAUACCCUGAAGCUCAUCAUCGUACGAAACGAGGGCAAUUAUGAACACCAACACAAAGAUUUGUUCAAAUAUCUGGAAAUCACAAGGACUUUGGUGGUGGAGCUAGUGCUGAAUUUAUACAUUGGAACGGAAAAGGAUGCAGACUUGCUGAUUAAAAUAGUCCAUCCACUUAUCCAGCUGAACACACUUUGUCUACAUUUGCAGUCCCAUGAAGGUGUAACUCUACCCGUAAUUAAUUCACCUGUUCCGUUUUAUUCUGUAAAAAAUCUGGCUCUCAGCGUAGAAAAACCGCAAGUUACUGUUCAAGACUGUAAAAUCCGUUUCGCAAAAUGGAUCCAAGCCUUAUUCCGAAACUUUCCGUCCGUGACCGACGCGGAUUUGACUAAUCGGGUAUCUCUCCAGGGAAAAAUGAUACGGCAGCAUCGAUACCUUCAAGAAUGUUUUUUGGAAGCACUUGUAACUGAAAAUUCGAAUCAUCCCAUUAAAUUGACCGGAAUCAAGUUGGAUUUAAGAUGCCGACCAAAUUCUGAGUGGAAUUUAAUUUCUGCGAUCCCACAAAGCCUUAAGAGAAUUAUAGUUUGGGUUGGUGCGGAUUUAGAGAAGACGGGAAGGUUCUUAACUCAACAUUCCUCCACAUUGAAAGAACUGCACGUUUUGUUCGUGCAAUUUGCUGGACUCCCGCCACUUUUGGAGAAUCCGUAUCGACUUCUUCCUAAUUUGUGCUUGCCGCAGUUGACGACGUUAAGGUUUGACUCAUACUACAAGGUGGACAAUCUUAGGGGAGAACGUCCCGGUAGAAUGGAUUUGCUAGGAUUGAGGGAGAUCUUCUUGAAUGGAUCAUCCGCAUUUGAAGCGGCUUUUCCAGCCUUAACGUCCCUCACUAUCGUAUUCUUCACCGAGUUUAGCGAAGAAUGCUGGGAUUAUAUAUUUCCGGACGAAGACAAAUUUGGAAUUCCACUGGAAAUAAGACAACUAAAGAUUUUAAGUAUAACCAUGGCAACUGAUUGUGAUUCCUCACUUAUCGUAAGGUUGAGGAGGAUAUUUCCUUCGUUGAUAUCAUUGCGACACACAAAAUUGGAAUUUAUUCCCACACAAUUUCAGUGGGAUGAUAAACUCCCAGAAUUUACAGAACUACCCUGCGUGAGAUCGUGUCGACAGGUAUGGCAAGCGUGGCCAUUAGUUGGUUGUUUGUGGUGUUUUCUUAUAGGAUGUGCUCGUUUACUGACGUGUUGUUGCUGCUGUGAACGAUGUUGUAACUGUGAAUAUCAAGCUUCACCCGUUGAAAUUGUUGACCCACCCAUCGCAACUUUGCGUGGAUGCGAGCAUAAUUUUCGUGUUGGCGAGAAAAGGUUGCCUUUUCCGGCGUCAGACUUUCUUCGGCCGUUACCGUGCAUAUUUUUUGAGGAGAAACAACUUCACUGGUCGAAUAGUUAUCACGCCGCAGUUCGUCCAAUUUGGGAAUAAUAUAUACAUCAUGAAAUUUCAGUUUUAAUUAAACCACAAGUUUACGAGGAUAAUGUUGAGCUCUAUAUUCGCAUUUAUGUGGGUCACAAAAAUUUUGAUAAUUCGUUCACAUCCGUAAAUCACCCUCUGUAUUGUGCGCUUAAGAAUAUUCUGUACCUAGAAAUAUUUUAUAAGAUUCAACAACACGUUUAUGUAUUUAUUUAUCUGUAGUUUGUGUUUGUUUCCUAAUUUCACCGUAAGGUUUAUCCUGCGUGAUAAGCAUAAAAUCACAAAGUUCUAAAUAUGUACAUACAUUGUUGACGAAAUUUAUUGGGUUACAUAUAAAUAAAAAAAAAUCGUACACUUAUUUAUGCGCAGUUUGUAUAGAUAAGUAGUCACAUUUGUCAAUUGAACACAACUUUAUUUCCCGGUUUAAAUAAAGUAUGAUGCUUGUAUUCGGCUAAGCAGUA